GUCAAGCAUUCUUGAUGUUGAAACAAAGAAAAUUACAACCGUGAAGGAGGUUUGGAUAUUCCGUCUUAAUUAGCAUAGAUUUUGACGAUUUUACUUCUCCAUUUACACCUUAGUUUUUCAGGUAUCGAUUGAGAAGAUAUAUCAAACACUCGAGACAGUGUUUUAUCGGCUAUCUUCGCAAGGGCAAUUGGAAUACACAAAGAAAAGUCAAAACUCGCGCAUGCUUAUUACGUUUUUCCGCUCUAAAAUUCUGUAGGAUAAGUCUUGGCAUAUUCCUUGUACUUCUGCUUACUCAAACGUGAGGAUUACAGAAGUUUAUCAGCUCUAGAUUACAAAACUGGUAAUUGCAGUUGGCAGUUGAGCAGGUGGCAGUUUUGAAUGGAAAUGCGGCAAAUUCUGAAGCGCCUCUUUUGUCAGCCUGGUCUAAGCUUUGCCAUUUUUUGUUUACUUGCAAAUAUUUUUGCAGCUCAGCUUGUUUCGUGCCAGGAUUCGUGUCGUAGCGGACCUUGUUACCCGCCGCCUGCAAAUCUUUCUGGAGAUUUCAAUGUAACAGCGAAUUCAACUUGUGGAGACCCGCCAGAACAGUAUUGCGUCAUGUUGGACUGCACUAAAGUCUGCAACGCGACAGACCCAAAUAACAAGCAUCCGGCGAGUUUUGUUGACGAUCCCUCUGCCGAUGGCAAGUUCUGGAAAUCUAAGAACUUCGAGUACCCUGUUGCGUUACAGGUCGACUAUGGAAGAACUUUUAUGCUUUAUCGGUCUGUGGUGACAUUUUACCACGCACUGCCUGCAGCGAUGUACCUUUUGAAGUCGAAUGAUUCGGGAAGAACCUUCAGUCCCAUAAGGUACUUUGCAACGAACUGCACGGUGUUUUUCAACAUGCCGGAAACACCAGAAAACGAGACGGAAGGUUUGAAAGUUCAAUGCUUUAAGAUAGACCCUGACACUAACCCUAAUUUACAGCUUUUUUAUUCUCCAUUACGUGAUGCAGCUGAAGCACAGAAUAUUGUCAACGACAUAAAGAAACAGUCUGUCUUCCUCAUGACAAAUAUAAAAAUGGUAUUAGUGGCAUACAUUACACCAAGUGGUUUGGACCUUGCGUCGGUCUCAGAAUCAUUGAAAAGGAGUUUUUACUUUGCCGUGUCAGACUGGGAUUUGUUAGCUUCAUGCCACUGCAAUGGACAGGCUUCGGAGUGUGAUCCAGAUGACUUUUCCAAAUGUAAAUGUCAAAGGAAUACUACUGGAUCUCACUGUGAGAAGUGCUUACCUCUUUUCAACAACAAGCCUUAUCGUAUCCGUGAGGCCUGUGAAGCAUGUGAAUGCAAUAAUCAUUCUGAGAGCUGCGCUUACAAUGAAACCAAAGGAUUUGGUAUCUGCAAUGAUAGCAAAGACAACACAUUGGUAGAUAAGAGUGACUUUUGCAAAGAGUCUUUUUACAGGAAUGCAGCUGUACCUGAAAAUGACUCAAACAUUUGUCUUGGUUGUACACCAUGUGAAUGUAACCUUGCGGGAAGUAAGAAUCCUGUUUGUAACAAGACGACUGGCCAAUGUCCUUGCAAGGAGCAUUCACUCGGCCGUCAAUGCAACACGUGUUCACCUGGCUAUGGCGUCAUAAGUGUCAAAAAUUCCAAGGGUUGUCUGAAGUGCCAGUGUUCGAACAAAUUACCAAGCUGCGUGAGCGACCAAGGGUGGUUUGUUUCACAGAUUACCACAAAUCUGCCUGUCUUUUCAUCCAAUGCUGAUUUUGAUAACUGGACUGCCAUUAACAGUGCUGGGAGCCAAGUAGGACUUGAGCUGGACUGGGUUGUGACAAUUAGCAUUAGUAAGUAAGUACAGAUUGAAUUCCAUGUUGAAUCAAGGGUGUUUGUAUUUGACUGUCAUGCGAAUGAAUGAGUGCAAGAUUUUCUUUUCUUUCUUUUUUUCAAGACUUUCUUAAUAAUGCGCUGUACAUUGUAUUUCUUAGAAUUUUGGCGGGAUUUUGUCGUACUUUAUUCAAAAGCACAAUGUAAUAAAUAUUGCUUGGGUAACGUUUGAGUCCCACAGAACAGGAAGUCACCAUGCACCUUGUCUAUUUGAAUGCUCUUUUGAUGGUCAAGGUACCUUCAGAAUUUCAGGCCCUAUUUACACUUGUUCCUUUUUCAAAAUCUUCCAUUUCUGUAAGUUCAAGCAAAAUGUUUGUCUCCUUGCAACCGACAUUUUCAUAUGCUCUGAAAAUGAAGGUCAUCUUGCUCAGCUAUCCGCGGGCAUGUUACAAUUGUAAUUUUAAUUUGAUAACAAAUAAAAUGUAUGUAUGUAUGUAUCUUGCAUGUUUAAUAAAGUGCAGUAAAGCAGAUUUCCUGGUAUUAGCAAAAAAGGAUUGUAAUAUUACAAUGAUCAGUUUUUUCAGGAGUCCCCAAUUUCAUCUUUCCACACUAGCCUAUGGUAGGGCUGCCUUUCCUUUCCGUGGAAGUAUUUAGAAGUUUAUGAUUUUGUUUCCUUUUCACAGAGGAUCGCUGAAAGUUGACACUGCUGGUUCGGAGGAUGUGUAUUUUGUUGCACCUGACAAGUACCUUGCAGACCAGAGAUAUGCAUACUCUUUGGCGCUGUCAUUCCAUUUACAGCAGGACGAUACCUCAAGCCCUACAGCAUCCUCCAAGGGUGAUGUUAUUCUCGAAGGAAAGUGGUUUGACCAGCCGCUUGUCACUAGCCUCGAUACUCCUCCGCCUGGUGGGAAUAAUUUUAAUAAAUACGAGGUAAUUCUUAUGACUAAAUAGUGACAAAUUAAUCAAGUUGUAGAAAGUUUUUCACACAUGGUAAAAGCCAGUCGAAAUUGUUAACAAAUCAUCGAGAAAACAUAGAUAUAAUGCCGCCUUAACCCUAUUUACCCUGUACGUCUUUUUACGAUUUUAAUCCUGGGAGGAGGGCAGCACCAAAAGAGGCACUUUGUUGCCCCCGACCAUGUUGCAGUAUUCUCUCCACUCUUGCAUUAUUACGUCGCCAUUCUUCAACCGACGGGCCUUGGUAAGCGUAACCGUUAACGAGACGAUUGUUGGCAAGCUUGUCGCAUACGCGGUCGCCUUUGGAGAUGCGUUUGCGUCGACCAAACGUAACGGGGCUUGUGAACUGAUGAAGAUGUCUUCUUGACGAAGGCAGAUGAAGGUGUAAUAUAAUGGGGACAAUCUCUAUGUCCUGUUUCACGUAAGGGCUCAACAAUGCUCCGGCUGGGGGGCUGGCCGUUGUCAGAGAGGGCGCCGCCAAGUUGCUGUUGUUGACGAACUUGCCGCUCUACUCGGUCCGCGAUUAGUGCCCUUGACUGCAGGAAUAACCCACUAUGUUCUCACAGUGCUUUAUGAACCCAGAUCACGGUAUCAAUGGAUACCAGCGAAUUUGAUGCCGGCUGAGUCAUGUUUUGUUUGUUUGUUUGUUUGUUUGUUUGUUUGUUUGUUUCUUGUCUUUAUUAUAUAUGUUCACUCAGUUUAAUUGGUUCCCAGGUUAAGCUUGAUGAAGGCGAAUGGAGAGUGGGGAACACGUCUGGACGGCAGCCCACAGGAGAAGAAAUGAUACGAGUCUUGAGUCAUUUGACUUCACUGCGAAUCAGGGCCAAGUGGACAACACUAACAACUCAGCAAUUUAGCCGGUUGGCGGACAUUACAUUGACUUUGAGUUCAAGCGGAAAGUGGGUGAAUUAGCUCUAUUGGGAAAAGGGUGAGAAUGGCAUUUUUCAAUUUCGUUAUACACGUGUACGUGUAAAUGUAUGUCAAAGAACUCUCAAUAGGAGUUGAACUAGCAAUCUUUAAACACUUAUUGGAUCCUUUAGGCUAUUUAACUACUGGGGUACGGUUGUUUAAAACAGCGAUUAGCGCUAAUCGGAGAUUAAGUUGCUAACAAGCAACUUUAAUCUCCGAUUAGUGCUAAUCGCAGAUUAAAUUUUAAUGGAUUAAAAUUUAACCUGAGAUUAGAUCGCGUUGCUCAAAGCCUGAUUAGCGCUAAUCCAACUCUAAUUGGCGGGUUAAAUUUAAUACACCUCCGGAGAAGGAUUAACUCCCUAAUCUGCCGAUUAAACUUAAAUGAAAACGUCCAGGUUGUUGUUUCAUCUCCCUCGCCUUGGACAAUGUUACCGAUAUAAUCAUAACAUACAGCUUAUAGCGAGCAAGAGCUUCGGCUCGUUGGAGAUUCGGCAGAGCGUCCAUUGAAUACAUCACAAACCUCACAGAGGCAGAUUUGCGGAGAAAAAUGAAGCGUGGCCAUGCUCUUGUACCAAGAGACUUAGUGCUGCUAGCAGGGAGAUUUUAUGCUAGUCGUGGCAACUUUCUUCACGGGCUUUUUUUUCGCCGGGGAAGCCAGUUGAAAACAAAAAUUUCGCGCAAUUCUAUGACGUAAAAUAACAUAAGAAUACAUUAUAAACAAUUAAAAUAAUCCACUUUGCGCUUAAUCGCGGAUUAGUUAAUAGGCGGAUUGAUCUCCUUUUGAACAACCGUUUUCUAACCCACGAUUAGGAAAUUUAAUCGACGAUUAGGCUUAAUCGGAAGUUAGUUAAAUCGCGGUUUUGAACGUAACGUAACCGGGCCCUGUACUACACAAUUCUGAUAAUAAGAUCGGAACUCUCUUCUCUUCAAAAAAGAAACCUUCCUAAAAAACUCCAAAAAUGGACACAAAAAUAUUUCUAGUAACAAGCCCUUUUUAUCCUCAGUUAUAAGCCCAAUGCAUGGUCUCUGUUUUGGGUCAAAAUGGAUCAAAAUAGAUGUGUGCCAUAACCUAGACUUUUAAUGGUAGGCCUGAAUGUGAAGGAAGUGACUGCAUACUUUGUUUGACUGAAUAUUGAUCCGUUUUUGAGAAAAUCGAUAGUAAUCGUAAUCAUAGUGUAUUUGAUAGGGUUGAAAAUCCCUCAACGAACUGCUCAUGCCCUCCGGAGUACAAAGGUCAAUUCUGUGAACAGUGUGCCAGCGGGUACACACGAAUCACUCCUAAUGGAGGACCAUACCUCACGUUUGUACCAUGCCAAUGUAAUGGAGGCUCGGACAAGUGUCAUCCUGAAACUGGAGAGUGCAUGGAUUAUCAACGCACCACUACAGAUACGGACUUUGACAGCUGGUUUUGGUAACAUUACGCUUUCAGAUUGUAGCAGCCAUGUAGCUCUGAGUUCAGUUUCCGUCUCGUUUGUUCCUUCAUGUUUUGACACCAAAGCAUCAGACAAGGUUUGAUUUGUUGCGGUCUCUUGCAUUGUCUUUCAGGAUUCAGGACAACUAGGCGAGAGUAGCCAACGGAAACAGUGCUCGUUUCUGCGGUUACGUAUGGUAAGUUUGAAAAAGCAGCAAAUAAUUGGUCCAUCUGUGUUCAGCCUUGGAGAAGUUUGGAAGCCCGCUCGCAGGACCUAGGUAUAAUUCGGCGUAACCCGCGUCGAAGACAUUAUAUUGCGUCGGUAAAUUUCCGUCUGCAAUGCAUGCUUACUCGGCGCUGCGAAGAAAACAAAAAAGAAUUCAGCCGAUGGCAAACAACUCGAUGUUCGUCAUAAUACAUUUUUGUAUUACAGUCAAACUAAUUGCACUUAAGCUUGUCCACUGCUUAAUAUUACUCCAUUGUACGAACUAAGCAAAAGCCGAGGAAGUUGAAAAUCGACCCAAACAAGUUCUGAUUACAAAUUACGUUGCUUCUCCAGGAUUGUUCAUAAUUGCUUCGUGAUUCUUGUUUGAAUUUUGAAAUAUCGCAUUAUAACGAAUAAGUUAAUCCCUCAAGUUAUUAUUAACAAAAUGACUGUUUUGAU